AUGGCUGAUGCAGGUGGAUGGAGCACAAUUGAGUCAGAUGAGGGCUUGUUCACCUCUCUGAUCGAGACACUCGGCGUCAAAGACACCCAAUUCGAAGAACUCAUCUCUCUAGAUGCAGACACAAUCCGCUCACUUGGAUCCGUAUACGGCGUGAUCUUCCUCUUCAAAUGGACCCGCGAAGCAGCCGGAGCUCGAGCCGAAGCCCCCCUCGACGGAACCUACGACACAGAAGCAACAGACAAGCUCUUCUUCGCCGCACAGACAAUCCAGAAUGCCUGCGGAACACAAGCAAUCCUAUCAGUGAUUCUGAACCAUGAUAACCCACCCGCUCCACUGCCGGCAAUCAGUCUCGGAAACGAACUCUCAUCAUUCAAAGAAUUCACCACUGGAUUUCCGCCUGAACUGCGCGGCGAAGCACUCUCCAACAGCGAGGCGAUCCGGUCUGCGCACAAUAGCUUUGCGCGAGCUAGUCCUUUCGCGGAUGAAACGGCCCGGCCUGAUGAUGGGGAGGGAGCGGAUGUUUAUCAUUUCAUUGCUUAUACGCCUGUUAAUGGGCAGUUGUAUGAGUUGGAUGGAUUGCAGCCGCAUCCUAUUAGUCAUGGGGCUUGUGAUACGGGGUCGUUCCCGGAGAAGGUGAUUGAGGUGUUGCAGCGGAGAAUUGCGCGGUAUCCGGCUGGGGAGACGCAUUUUAACCUCAUGGCUGCUGUGAGGGAUCCUCGUGGGAGGGCGCGGGAGAUUGGGGAUGUGGAGACACUUGAGAGGGAGGAGAGGAAGAGGGCUGCUUGGCAGUGGGAGAAUACCUUGCGGAGGUGCAACUUUGUUGGGUUUAUUGGGGAGGUUAUGAAGGGGGUUGUUGGGGGGAAGGUUAAGAAUGGACAGCUUGCAUAUGAUGAGUGGGUUGAGGGUGCGAAGAAGGAGACGCGGAAGAAGCUUGAGAUGAGACGGUAG